GCGCGAAAGCGAAUCUUGGCCAGCGCGGCAAUCGCGCGCGCGGAGGGGAAGGGCGCGGAGAGCCCCAGCGCGGAGCAGGCGGCGGACGGUAUUCAAAAUUCGAAGCACAGGAGCUCUGCUUCUCCAUCUGCUGCUGGGGGAGCUACUGGGAUCCAGAGAAUCACCCGCUGAUGGUUUUGACCCAGGCCUGCAGCAGAACCAGAGAGCUACGGGAAGGGGAGGCCUUGGCUUGCCAGAGGAAUUUUCCAAGUGCUCAAACGCCGGGCUUACAGGGCCUGUGAUCGCUCCAGGAGGAUAAAGUGGGAUUUGAGGAUCCACUCCGCCUCGGGCCAUGGCGGGCCUGGGCCUGCCCCUGCGCUUGGCCACCCUGCUGACGGGGCUGCUGGAAUGCCUGUGCUUUGCAGGCGUCCUCUUUGGCUGGCCUUCGCUCGUGUUUGUCUUCAAGAAAGAGCAUUACUUUGAAAAGCUGUGUGAACCAGAUGCUGGGCUGAUUGGCAAUGCCACAGAGCAGGCUGAUUGCAAAGUCCAGGAUGAGAGGUUCUCACUCAUCUUCACCAUCGCGUCCUUCAUGAACAACUUCAUGACGUUCCCCAGCGGCUAUGUUUUUGACCGGUUCAGGACCACCGUGGCACGCCUCAUAGCCAUAUUUUUCUACACCACUGCCACACUCAUCAUAGCCUUCACCUCCGCAGGCUCAGCUGUGCUGCUCUUCCUGGCCAUGCCACUGCUCUCCGUUGGGGGAAUUCUGUUUCUCAUCACCAACCUGCAGAUUGGGAACCUAUUUGGCCAACACCGUUCGACCAUCAUCACUCUCUACAAUGGAGCAUUUGACUCUUCCUCAGCAGUCUUCCUUAUUAUUAAGCUUCUUUAUGAAACGGGCACCAGCCUCAGGGCCUCCUUCAUCUUCCUCUCUGUCUGCAGUACCUGGCAUGUAGCACGAACUUUCCUUCUGAUGCCCCGGGGCCACAUCCCAUACCCACUGCCCCACGACUACAGCUAUGGCCUGUGCUCUGGGAAUGGCCCCACGAAGGAAGAGAAGGAAGCAGCUGAGCAGGAAAACAGGGAGCUACAGUCAAAGGAGUUCCUUUCAGCCAAGGAAGAGACCCCAGGAGCAGGGCUGCAGCAGGAAGCCCGCUCCUUCUGGAGCUAUGCUUUCUCUCUGCGCUUUGCCUGGCACCUGGUGUGGCUGUCUGUGAUACAGCUGUGGCACUACCUCUUCAUUGGCACUCUCAACUCCUUGCUGACCAACAUGGCCCAGGGGGACAAGGAAUUAGUCAGCAGCUACACAAAUGCCUUCGCCUUCACCCAGUUCGGAGUGCUGGUUGCCCCCUGGAAUGGCGUGCUCAUGGACCGGCUUAAACAGAAGUACCAGAAGGAAGCAAGAGAGACAGGUUCCUCCACCUGGGUGGUGGCCCUCUGCUCGACGGUACCUUCACUGGCCCUGACGUCCCUGCUGUCCCUGGGCUUUGCCCUCUGUGCGUCAGUCCCCGUCCUCCCCCUCCAGUACCUCACCUUCAUCCUGCAAGUGAUCAGCCGCUCCUUCCUCUACGGGAGCAACGCGGCCUUCCUCACCGUUGCUUUCCCGUCGCAGCACUUUGGCAAGCUCUUCGGUCUAGUGAUGGCCUUGUCAGCUGUGGUGUCUCUGCUCCAGUUCCCGAUCUUCACCCUCAUCAAAGGGCCCCUUCAGAAUGACCCUUUCUACGUAAACGUGAUGCUCCUUCUUGCCAUUCUUCUGACAUUCGUCCACCCCUUUCUGGUAUAUGGGGAAUGCCGCGCUCGGAAAGAAAGUCCCUCUGCAAUUGCAUAGCACAGAAGCCCUGGCUUCUCAGCCCUGAGGAUGGUUUUGUUCAUCUUUCUCCACCUUUGAGGACCGCGUGUCCCAAAUGACUUUGCCUGUCCCGGCAAAAAAAAAAAAAAAAAAAAAAGAAAAGAAAAAAGAAACAAAGACAUAUUUAACUGUUAACAACGACUUCUGAGCAGCACUCAGUUGCCAAGCAGAUUGAGAUCACACAGACCCAAAGCAAAGGCAUGUGGAACUUCUCCUUUAUUUCAAAACCGGUGUCCCUUUGCACUUAGCUUGGCAGACCCUUGAUUCCAGGGGAGGUGACAGCAGGGAGGAAGUGUGUCACCUACUUCUUUAGGCCUGUUUGGCCCCAAAGCCUAGGUGUGCCUGGAUCCUCUGCCACUGGUUACAUUUUUUAGGUGAAGAGUGGAGUGGUCACGGCCUCAGCUAUACUUCCUAUCUCUCCCUCCUAGCUCUCCGUCAAGAGCGCUGCCUUGGUUAGAGAACUCACAGAGAGCACUGGGAAAAAAGAGGAGCAGGCAGGGUUCCCUGGGCUCAGUCUCAGCCCAGCCACUGAUGCUGGAUGACCUUGGCCUGACCCUGGUCUGGUCUGAGAAUCACUUUUCCCAUCUGUAAGAUGAGAUGAAUUUUGGAGUUGAAAGUUCUUCCUGGAGCAGAUGUCCUAGAAGGUUUUAGGGACAGUGACGGAGUCAGGCUAUCCUAAGGGUCAUGGGAGCCAGCUGACCUGCUUGACCAAAGGAUUUCUGACAGACCAUCUUUGGGGAUGUUUUCCUCUUGAAGAAGGAAUAUACUUUGGGCAUUUAAAAGAAAGUUUCUCUGGGGAAUAAUUUUAUAGAAAAAUAAAGCUUCUGUGUCUAAGGCAA